CUAUCUGUGGCCCUCGAAGUGGCCCGUCAGCUGUGAUCGUUGUACGAUGCUUAGAAUUGUGUUUAUUACUCGUUGAUAACCACCGCACUGUGCGUGAACCAAUUUUCAGUAGUUGAUUUGUUCGAUUCUUUUUGGGCUACGCCAUUCGUAGUAGGAUCUAGAAAUGACCGCUACGGUGCACUCGAGUAGUCAGCCGAAGAAUGGAGGUAAAAAAUGACUUUGCGAGGACAGCAGGCCGAGACACUUUAUGACGGCGCAUUUUCGAAUGCGACUCGCUCCAGUGAUCAUCUAUCAAUGCCCUCAGCAACAAACUGUCUGUCGAAAUUAGAUGCUGUCUAUCGAAGCUACUUACUCACACGGUAUUUUGUCAAAGGAUGGGGUGACCCCGCGAAUAUACAGAAGAUAUGCAAGUUUCGUAAGAUUGUAAGCGACCGGAGAAAAUGUACUCAGUUAGUCCAGGGAAAUUACCCGAUACACAUUGAUAGAGAAUGGAAGCGUGGAAGUUACCGACUUAUAGAAGGACACUUUAUUUCGCCGCUUGUUCACUACAUGGCUGAUAUCGUGCCACAGGAGAGCCACAAGGCAUAUUUUCAGCUGCUCGUACCAAAUGAGUGGCGUCAUCCAAAGCUGCGUCCGGUGUGUCUUCAGCUUGCGGGAACAGGAGAUCAUCGAUUCUGGAGACGGACGAUGUUUAUCGCUAAGCCUCUUCUAAGUGAAUAUGGGAUAGGUUCUAUCAUGUUAGAGAACCCUUAUUAUGGCUAUCGUAAACCUAAAGCUCAGGUCCGCUCCGUUUUACAAAAUGUUUCGGACGUUUUCGUAAUGGGCGGGUGCUUAGUCCUGGAGAGCAUCGCUCUACUCCGCUGGUGUGAACAACAGGGCUAUGGACCCCUCGCGCUCACGGGCAUUUCUAUGGGGGGACAUAUGGCUUCGUUGGCCGGUGGAAGUUACGACCGACCAGUUGGUAUAGUUCCAUGCUUAUCGUGGACCACCGCGUCAUGCGUAUUCACGCAGGGCGUGAUGGCCAAUGCUAUCAACUGGGAUCUCCUUCAAAUUCAGUUCACCGGAGAUGAAAAAUUUAAAGCAGAGCUUAGCAAAAUGGUGGAGACCCCAGAACCUAAAGAUAUGAGGACCUUCCUCGCUGGGCAAAACUUUGCCCGCCAAGUUUCGCACGAAAUUGCGUCGCACGACCGUCGAGAGAGAAGCCAUGUGGUCAUCGAUGGAGUUGAUGACGCUGCUUGGGAUGAAACUUCGUUGAGCACUACCUUGGCGCGGCUUGUGGAGAGCUUGCCAAUUGAAUUUCUUCAGUUACGUUCGCCGCCAUCACGAGAAGAAGUCGUCGAAGCUUGGAACUUCAUGCGGGGUAUAAUGGAUGAAUGCACACACCUCGGAAAUUUUGGAACCCCAGUGGAUCCAACGUUAGCAAUCUGUGUCGCCGCUACCCGAGACGCCUACGUCCCUCGUGAAGGCACGCGUGACAUUCGUGAUAUCUGGCCGGGAUGUGAAGUGCGCUACAUUGACUGUGGCCACGUCACCGGAUUUGUUUUCAAACAGCACCGUUUCCGGAAAGCGAUCGCAGACUCGUUAAAUCGAACAGCAAUAAAGUAUUACUCAGAACAUCUGUUUGGCGUGAAGGACAUUGGGGAUAACACACAGCAUAACCGAGUGGAGAGAGCGUUAGUCCGAUAGCUUCAAGGCAAGGCCAUUCACAAAAUCCUUGCCAUUAUGCUAUCAAUGCUUGACGACACUUCUUUGCUCCAGAAACAAGUGUAGGUUCUAUUAAAACCGAGGACAGGUAGCUAUUACACAAUUUCCUUUCCUUACUGCUUAUGUUCCGACGGUUACGAAAUGGAAACAUACCCUGAAAGUGGGUACACUAAGUGUUUUAUAUAGCACAAUGCGAAAUCGUGUUUCCACUGUAUACUGAAUGUAGCAGUCGUUCGAUGAAGAUAGAAGUUGAUUUAUAGAAAUAUUUCAUUCAAUAUCAAAUGACCUACCGUUUUGCAGUUUGUUUGCUUGUUAUUUAGAUGUGAAAGUGUUUAAAAAGCUUUUCAUUUGUUAUUGAAUACGUUGUUGUUUAUUAGAUAUUCUUUUGUACUUGACAAAAUGCGAGUUUUUGACCCCUCAAUUUUUGACUUAAUCGAGCUUUUAUGGUCUGUGAUUAUUCGGAUGGGCAUCUAUUAACAGUCUAUUAACAGAUAGUAGCCACGAUCGUAUAGUUUACGUUAUAAGAUGGCAGUGCUUCUAUUUUAAAGCAUCAUUUAAAAAUAUUUCAUCCAUAAGCGCAUGGCAAGCAAUAUGAGGCUAGACACAUACUUUAAUGAUUUGUCAUUUUUUAAAUGCAAUAGCUUUCUACCUUGAAGGAUAUUGUACAGUCAGGGGAGCUGUAACGUAUGAGACAGUACUAGCUAUGCUGUUUUGGAUGUAGGUUUAAGAGAUCGGUAGAUAAAAACAUAGUCAAUAGUAGGGUCUGGAAAGAGGUUUGACUCUUAAUGAAUUGGCGCAGGUCAGGAAAAACUGCCGCUAGAAAGGAAAAUCCGUUUGAAAUCAGUAUGAACUGUUGGGUGAUUGUGUGCGCGCACGUAACCGUUUAUAUGGAAGAAAAUAUUUGAGUGUAUAAGGACACAAAGUCGGGUAGUUAGCCAAAAAAUGACUAAUCAGCUGAUUAUUCAAGUGACGACGACCAUUACGCGGGAAGAAAAAUCAUUUCAGCAAGGUACUAACAGGUCUGUUCUUUCGGUUUUUGGUUGACUAGCUUAAAAAAUAUUUUCCCCCACAUUACUUGUGCGAUACGAUAAUAAUAAUAAAGGUUAAUGUGAUCAAAGUUAAGCAUGCAAAAGGGAAACGGAAAGGGGUAACGUGUGGUGUUAUAUUGAUUGUUUGUAAUCUGUAAAUGGUAAUAGAUACAGCGUGGAGCAAACACUGAUCAUUUCCAGCAGACAAAUAAAACGUGGUCAAUGUCCGUGUUUUAAAUGGA